GCUCUUCCAGCUGCUGUGACCUUUUUCCCUCUCUUCGCUUGAGCAUUUGUCUUAGUCUUCUUCCCUUUAGAGGACUUCUUUACCUCCUUAGUUUUCUGUAUGGCCUUCUUCAUAUCUUUAUUAGUCUUCUCUGCUGACUUGGCCCUGAUUGAUCCCUUCCUUGCUCUUGUUACUGGUUUAGUUUUUGAUACUUUCUUAGGAGUAUCCUUUUUAGCAGGUGUCUUCUUUAUCUUUUGAGUGGAUUUCUUGUUCCCUUUAUUGGUCUUUUCAGCUCCUUUACUUGGAGUCUGCUUCCUUGGAGUAGACUUCCUUGCAGGGGUCUUCUUUGUAGUUGAUCUCUGUGAAGUUCUCUUCUUCAGUUCCUUCUUUGGGGUUACAGAAUCCUUUUUCUUGGCGGGAGUCUUUUUCUUUGAAGGUGACUUUUUCUUGACUGAUGCCUUUUUCUUCUGAGGAGUCUUUUUCUUAAUCGGGGUCUUCUUGACAGGGGUUUUCUUAACUGAUGGUUUCUUUGAAGGGGUUUCAUCCUUUGCAGGGCUCUUUGAUUGCUCAUUCUUAUUCUCAUUGAGCUUCUUUAUUAUAUCAGCUGCUCCAGUGAUUUUCUUACCUCUCAGUAAUUUCUUUGGCUUGAGUGCUUGUCCAGAUGUUUUAACAAAUGAUUUCUUUUUCUGAAAUUCCUUGGGAUUUGCUAAUUUAAAUGAAUUUUUAACCUGGACUAAGUGGCCAUCUUUGACCAUCUUCUUAAGUUGCACUUUUAGCCUCUUUUCAUUAACACUUUCUCCAUGGAUACUUUUGGAAUACUUGAAGAUGGCAAUAGAGGAUGAUCCUGUUUUAUCAUGUAAGGCAAGGAUGGCCUCUCCAAUUAUCUCCUUGUAUUUUGGUAGUUUGGACAUAUUUCUGUAA